AUGAGAGGAGAGCUCAACGUGAGAGGACAGCUCAACUUGAGAGGACAGUUCAACUUGAGAGGACAGCUCAACUUGAGAGGACAGCUCAACUUGACAGAACAGCUCAACUUGAGAGGAGAGCUCAACAUGAGAGGAGAGCUCAACUUGAGAGGACAGCUCAACUUGAGAGGACAGCUCAACUUGAGAGGACAGCUAAACUUGAGAGGACAGCUCAACUUGAGACUCAACUUGAGAGUACACCUCAACUUGAGAGGAGAGCUCAACAUGAGAGGAGAGCUCAACGUGAGAGGACAGCUCAACUUGAGAGGACAGUUCAACUUGAGAGGACAGCUCAACUUGAGAGGACAGCUCAACUUGACAGAACAGCUCAACUUGAGAGGAGAGCUCAACAUGAGAGGAGAGCUCAACUUGAGAGGACAGCUCAACUUGAGAGGACAGCUCAACUUGAGAGGACAGCUAAACUUGAGAGGACAGCUCAACUUGAGAGUACACCUCAACUUGAGAGGAGAGCUCAACAUGAGAGGAGAGCUCAACUUGAGAGGACAGCUCAACUUGAGAGGACAAGGAGAGCUCAACAUGAGAGGAGAGCUCAACGUGAGAGGACAGCUCAACUUGAGAGGACAGUUCAACUUGAGAGGACAGCUCAACUUGAGAGGACAGCUCAACUUGACAGAACAGCUCAACUUGAGAGGAGAGCUCAACAUGAGAGGAGAGCUCAACUUGAGAGGACAGCUCAACUUGAGAGGACAGCUCAACUUGAGAGGACAGCUAAACUUGAGAGGACAGCUCAACUUGAGAGACAGCUCAACUAGAGAGGACAGCUCAACUAGAGAUGACAGCUCAACUAGAGAGGACAGCUCAACUAAAGAGGACAGUUCAACUAGAGAGGACAGAUCAACUAGAGAGGACAGCUCAACUUGA